AUGCAUAUUUCAUCUACACCAGAAAAGGGUGAUUUAGAGGAUUUAGAUGAUGCUGGGGAAAACGAACGUGAGGGGGGAGGAUUUGGUGUGGACGAGGGUCUCGCCGUCCCCUUAUCGGGGGGAGCUAAAAGCUUCAGUGAAUCCUCCGACAAAACGAAGGAUAUGCCAAUGAACUUGAGAAACCAAUCGAAUACCAAAGAACCUACUAAAGACGAUGGUGAAGUUCUAGACGAUUAUAUACGCCGAUUGUGGAAGUUAAAGGAGAGGGGUGGAAAAAAACAGAUGUUAACAGAAGAUGAAAUGACCAGUAUCUGUCGGAGCGUCCGUGCGCUUUUUCUCUCCCAACCAUGUCUCCUUGAUCUUGGCGGACCUCUUAAAAUAUGUGGUGAUACGCACGGCCAGUAUUCUGAUCUACUGCACCUUUUUGAACUAUGCGGUGGUCCUGAAACGGUCAACUACCUCUUUCUGGGUGACUAUGUUGAUCGUGGUCGACACAGCCUGGAGACAAUUUCCCUUCUAAUGUGUUACAAGCUCAAGUACCCAACACGAUUUUUCCUCCUUCGAGGCAACCAUGAAAGUCAGUCAAUCACAAGGAUUUACGGUUUCUUUGAUGAAUGCAAAAGACGUUUCUCUGUGAAACUUUGGCGGACUUUCAUUGAUGCCUUCUCUUGUAUGCCAGUUUGUGCGAUAAUCGAAAAUCAGAUAUUUUGUUGUCACGGUGGCCUGUCGCCGGAGAUGUUUACACAAGAGCUCUCCACGCUAGCUGAUCUCAAGAGAAAAAUUCGGGAAAUUGUCCGUCCGUGUGACGUCCCCGACUGUGGACUUCUCUGUGACAUUCUCUGGUCUGAUCCCUGGUACAUGGAGUCCGUCGGUGAGGGUGAAGAACCAAGGGGCUGGGAACCAAGUGAACGGGGUGUCUCCUACAUGUUUGGACCUGACGUAGUUGACAAAUUCUUAGAGCGAUUUAACCUUGAUCUCAUUGCUCGGGCUCACCAGGUUGUUGAAGACGGCUACGAGUUCUACGCAAACCGAUCACUUGUCACUAUUUUCUCAGCCCCCAAUUACUGUGGUGAGUUCGAUAAUGCGGCCGCAGUCUUUUGCCUAUCUCGUGUGUCCCUGAACUCAGGACCACCAAACGAGACAUCUAAUCUUCUUACUGAAUCUGCAGCUGCGGAAAGGAAUCAGGACGACAUGGACUUGGAGGGGAGCUUUCAAAUCAUUCGUUCUGUCGUUCAAAGAGCCAGUCGACCUGCUUAA